AUGGUGGCAGAUGUGGCGGAUGUGGCAAAUGCACUAGCAAACCAGCAGCCGUUUGUGGAGCCGAGUUUCAUGCGGUCGUUGGAUUUGGAAGCCAUGCAUGCACCGGAGUUUCCUCAAUAUGUAAAUGCAGUAUUUCCCGUCAUCGUUGGUAAAAUCGGACUGGAAUGGCCGGUUCGACCGGAAUUGCCGGUUGACCAAAAACCGAUUAUUAGUUCUGACAACUCUAAAAUUUGUGAUGUGACUGCAGCAGAGCUUCCCCUUAUGCCAGAUGAUGAAUUUACUGUGGGAAUGGAAUUCAGUUCUAGGGAGGCAGUAAUUAAGGCGAUGAAAGAUUAUACAAUCCGUAAAGGUGUAGAUUAUCGGGUGCAUGAGUCAGAACCGACGACAUUCUAUGCUAAAUGCACCCAGUAUGGUGCGGGAUGUGAUUGGCUGAUCAGGGUGAGCAAAAUGUCCAGAAAGUUUUGUUGGGAGAUAAGGAGGUACAAUGGAAGUCACACCUGUACUAGGGCCACCAUUUCUCAAGAUCAUUCGAAGCUGGAUUCCAACACUGUUGCAGAAGCAAUAAAGCCAUUGGUAGAAGUUGACCCGUCUAUAAGGGUGAAAUCAGUGAUUGCGGAAGUACAUGCAAAGUUUAACUAUACCAUAAGUUACCGCAAAGCAUGGUUGGCAAAACAGAAGGCAGUGGAGUCAAUUUUCGGAGGGUGGAAAGCUUCGUACGAAGCCUUGCCGAUAUGGUUUGAGGCCAUGUGUCACAAGGAGUCAUCCGCAGUCGUUCAUUUUGAAACAAUGCCUACGUAUCAGGGAGAUGACUUGGUUCCUAAUUUUCGUGUACUACACCGAGUCUUCUAG